AUGUUCUCUGGAUUUGGAUCAGCAAUGUUUGGUGCAUCGCAAUUUGCGCCAAUGAACUCGAAUUUUGAAGAUUAUUUCAGAAGUUAUCCAGUUGCUAUGAUGCCUGAUCAUAUUAGAAAAGAUGAUGCCAAUUAUGGGGGAAAGAUUUUUUUACCAUCUUCGGCAUUGAACAAGUUGACAAUGCUACACAUAAGAUACCCUAUGUUAUUUGAAUUAUCGAACGAAGCAAGUGGUGUUACAACUCACAGUGGUGUUUUGGAGUUUGUGGCGGAAGAAGGAAGAGCUUAUCUACCACAGUGGAUGAUGUCAACUUUACAAUUAUCACCGGGGCUGUUGUUGAAAAUUUCCAACUGUGACUUACCGUUAGGUAAUUUUGUGAAAAUAGAACCUCAAUCCGUUGAUUUCUUAGAUAUUUCAGAUCCAAAGGCGGUGUUAGAAAACGUGUUAAGAAACUUUUCUACUUUAACGGUAAAUGAUAUCAUUGAAAUAAACUAUAAUGAUUCUAUAUUUGGUAUAAAGGUUCUUGAGGCCAAACCUGAAUCAUCAAGCCGUGGUAUUUGUGUUGUUGAAACAGAUUUAGAAACAGACUUUGCACCACCGGUUGGGUAUGUUGAGCCAGAAUAUAAACCUCAGGCGAAGAAACCUACAACGAACGCAAUCGACCCAUCUAGCGUAAACAGAAGUGCCGGGGCUGGUACUAUGGCCAAGUCUUUGAAUUAUGCCAACUUGGUAGCUGAAUCAUCAAAUCCUGCGACGAAAGCGUUCCAAGGAUCAGGGCAAUCAUUAUCUGGAAAACCUACGACAGAACGGGAACAAGUUAAAGAAAAUCACACGAUAGAUGAUUUGGAUCCUGAUGCAGAACCCGUGCCAUUGGAUUUACCAAGUAAUCAGUUAUUUUUUGGCUUUCCAGUGGUACUACCAACGCCUGAAGAAAGUGAGGAAGAGAAUGCUAAUCAAGCUUCGCAGGAUGCUUUUAGCGGAAGUGGGCAAUCAUUGAGACAGAGUAAAAAACGAAAGGAUAAGACUAGUAAUCAUCCAUCAUUGAAGAAUCAUUCAAGAAGCCCAGACUACAUUGAAAUAGAUUAA